GAUAUUCCAGAAAAAAAUAAAUCCAGUGGACUAUACUUCAGAGAUGGAGAAUGUCGCAUUGACUAUAUCUUGGUGUACAGAAAAUCUAACCUGCAAGCUGAGAAAAGAGAAGUAUUUGAAAGAAAUAUUCGAGCGGAAGGACUUCAGAUGGAGAAAGAGUCAUCUUUAUCAAACAGUGAUAUCAUCUUUGUGAAGUUGCAUGCCCCUUGGGAAGUCUUGGGAAAAUUUGCAGAACUUAUGAAUGUAAGAAUGCCUUUCAGGAGAAAAAUCUAUUACCUGCAUCGACGAUACAAGAUCCUGAACAGAAUUGAGAAGCAAUUAAGCAGGUUUCGAGGAUGGGUACCUAGAAAGCCAAUGAGCUUGGACAAGGAAAGGCUGCCAGAUUUGGAAGAAAAUGACUGCUACACGGCUCCAUUCAGUCAACAAAGAAUUCAUCAGUGAGUUUUAUUUAAAAAGGCAAAUGUGAAAGAAGAAAUAUUUAUAUUUAAAUGAAAAAUGGGAUAUAAUGCUUGAUAAUUUUUCAAAUGCUGAAUUCUGAAUCCUCCUUCACAUAUGCUAAAAAAGUCCACGUAUCCUUUACCAUCUAAGUAUUUGCUGGGUACAUAAUACCUAAAUAAAAACACUGUAUUUAGUUCUGUUUGAUUCAUUACACUUUGAUUCAACUUCUCCAUAUAAAAUAUACCCUAUGCAGCAUAUAACAUUAAUACAUCAAUUAUGAAGUAAAGACCAAAAUAUUAAAAUAAAAAGGUGAGAUAGCCGAUCUACUUAAAUGCUUAUAAUCUUCUGCAUAUAAUUCAUAAUUCUUUUUUUUAGAAUAG